UGGGUCAGGGGAAGGAGCUGUCUGGCUGUAUGAAGCUUGAUGGUUUCUGGGAGAAAUCCCUGCGGCAUGAUUUGGGGUUGGAGGUUCCUGCGGCUGGGUUCUAGUGGGGUUUUUUUUAUUUAUUUAUGUUUUUAAUUUUAAGAGACCCUUGCACACCUAGCUGAUUGGAUGAGCAGACAUCCAUGUCACAUUGAUCGAUUAUGAGGUAACUGGCUGUUUUAAAUCAUUCGUGAGUAUGUACACGAUGAGGACAGCAGCAGCAGCUACAACUCAUCCCUGUAUUAAAAAGACUAUUGCGCCUUGUAAAUAAAAUAUUUCAAAGAGACGGAGUUGCACAUACUUGGCGAGUGCUGGAUUUUAAUUAUUUUUACCAUUGUAUUUAUUUGCCUCACCACUCAGUGAAAGGUUUGACUGCACACCCCACAUUCUGCCCCCAAUCAUUGGCAUGUAGCUGUAUAACUAAAUGCAGCUUACAGUAUACGGCUAUAGUGGCGGUGUUGAGGCAUGUCAUGCCAGGAAACAAGUGCACAUAUUGUAAAUGGGGUGGUAAGGAAUUCAGGAAAUGAAGAGCAGAGGAAUUUUGUAUAAAUAUUACUUGUCAACAAGUAUUCUGCAGCCUCGAUGCAGCAAGCUAGAAAUGGCAAUUGAUGUAGGCCUAGAUGUUUCUUUUGAAAUGACUCAGGAAGUUCAAUUAAUGCAUCCUGUUACACGGACAGGUCAGAGGUCAUGGAAAAGUGAGGAUGAGUGAGUGAGUUCAUACUGUUGAUGGGAAGAGAAAAGGGAAGGGGAGGCGUGGUUUGAGGAGGAAUCAUGGACAAAGGGGAGAGGGACAGAGGUUUUCACCGCUGAGUCCUUCACUCACCUCCCAAACAAACACUCACCCAAUUAUACACUUCCCAAGUUAACACUGACCAUGAUAGAAAUUUUUAGCACGUUAGUAGAAGUUUGUUUGAAAAAACAUUUUGACUGUCGUAUUUCAUUUUGUAAUAAGUUUGAUUUAUAUUUUAAACUACUGUAAGAGAAAUACAAAGUGUUCACUGUAUAGGUUUUUGAUAAUGUAUUUGGUUACUCCACACAUUGACAUGGAGUAGAAAGGAAUGCAGUUCAUGCACAUUUAUUCAGCUGGGUUGGGUAGUAUUAAUGGAAAAUAAUGACUUAAAAUGGUGUCCACAUUUCACACGCUGUGGUGCAUGGAUGCGCUUCACCGUCUCAGACUGAAUCCGGACCGUCCCGGUGCUGACUGGCCGGUAGCUGCGUGGGGUGACACACAACUGGUGACUGAAUCACCCAGGAGACCGCGGUGAGGAGUGCAAUGGGACCAUCGCUGCUCUCCAGGUGGAGUCUGCGCCAGAGUCGAGACUGAACGACUGGCGUCCCGCCGCCCCUGCCCUCCCCCCUGCCCCUAGCCCCGCCCUGUCAGCAUGGGGGACGGCCUGGAUGCAGCACAGAUGUCGGGAGGAAGCAGCAGCCAGGGGCACCCUGCAGCCCCCCCCAAUGCCACCUUCAACCCCCUGGUCCCUGGGACCACAAUCCCCGCCCGGCCCAAGCGGCAGACCAAUCAGCUGCAGUACCUGCUGAAGGUUGUCCUGAAGACGCUGUGGAAGCACCAGUUCUCCUGGCCCUUCCAGGAGCCUGUCGAUGUCGUCAAACUCAACCUGCCUGACUAUUACAAGAUCAUUAAGAUUCCUAUGGACAUGGGAACAAUCAAGAAGCGACUGGAGAACAGCCACUACUGGAGCGCGCAAGAAUGUAUUCAAGACUUUAACACAAUGUUCACCAACUGCUACAUCUACAACAAGCCUGGAGAUGACAUCGUGCUCAUGGCAGAGGCGCUGGAGAAGAUGUUCCUGCAGAAGAUUUCGGAGAUGCCCCCGGAGGAGACUGAGAUCACAGUCAUGGCUGGCAAGGGGCGUGGUCGGGGCCGCAGAGACAAAGGAGGCCAGAAUUUGAAACCAGGCCCAGCCUUGGAUUCUCCGUCCGUGAUGGCCCACACGCACGGCCUCUCCACCCCCACCCUGGCGCCACAGGCACGGGGCCCUCCGCAGGGCCCUCCUCCUCUUCCUCAUCCUCCUCCUCCUCCUCUUCCUCCUCCUCCUCCCAACCCGCGCCUACCUCCCACGCUGAUCACCCACGUCCCCCCGCCCUGCCCUCCUUACAGCCUGGGCCCCCCUGACCACAUCACGCAGGGCCCCGUCCUGACCUCAGUGCCCCCUCCCACCCACACCACCCUGCCUCACCCCCACAUACCCAUCCAGCAGAACGCUGCCCCCCUGCCCAAACAGAAAAAGAGCCAGAAGAGGAAAGCAGACACGACCACGCCCACCGCGAACGACCAGCUGAGCGAGUCCCCGCCCGUCGCCUCCGAGCCGAAGGCCCCGCCCCGCCGCGAGAGCAGCCGCCCCACCAAGCUGCCCAAGAAGGAGGCGCCCGACUCCCAGCACCACCCGGGGCUGGGCGUGCUGGGCGUGCUGGGCGGGGUCGGGGGCGGGGCGCACAGCCCGAAGCGGCAGGAGCAGCUGCGGUACUGCGCCGGGAUCGUCAGGGAGGUGCUGUCCAAGAAGCACGAGGCCUACGCCUGGCCCUUCUACAAGCCCGUGGACGUGAAGGCCCUGGGCCUCCACGACUACCACGACAUCAUCAAGCACCCCAUGGACCUCAGCACCGUCAAGGCCAAGCUGGACAGCAGGCAGUACGUGGACCCCCAGGACUUUGCCGCGGACAUGCGGUUGAUGUUCUCCAACUGCUACAAGUACAAUCCCCCCGACCACGACGUGGUGGCCAUGGCACGCAAACUACAGGAUGUGUUUGAAAUGCGCUUUGCCAAGAUGCCCGAUGAGUCCGAGGAGCCAGCACGCCUCACCCCCUCUCCCGCGCUUCUCCCCGCCCCCGUGAAGUUGCAGCCGCCCCCCGCCCUCCUCCCCUCCUCCUCCGACAGCUCCAGCGACUCGUCCUCCGAGUCGGAGUCCUCCACUGAUGAUUCGGAGGAGGAGAGGGCCCAGAGACUGGCAGAGCUGCAGGAACAGCUGAAGGCGGUGCACGAGCAGCUGGCUGCGCUGUCGCAGCCGCAGACGAGCCGACCAAAGAAGAAGGAGAAGGAGAAAGAGAAGGAGAAGAAGGAGAAGGAGAAGGAGAAAGAGAAGAAGGAGAAGGAGAAGGAGAAGAAGCAGAGGAAGAAGGCCGGGGGCGCGCCCCCUCCCCUGGCGCUGGAGCCUCUCCAUGAGCCCCCGCUGCAGCCCCCCCUCAGGAAGAACAAGGGCGCCAAGGAGGCGGCACCCAAGAAAACCAAGGCGGCCAGCAGGAAGGAGGGACUGAAGAACAGCCGUUCCGUGGCUCCUCCUCCUGCCGUGGCCCCGCCCAUCCUGGCCCCCGUGGUCGCUCAGGAGACGGAGGAGGACCUGGGCUCGGGCGUGGCGGUGGGCGGGGCUGCGGGGGACAAGGGCAAGCCCAUGUCCUAUGAGGAGAAGCGGCAGCUGAGUCUGGACAUCAACAAGCUGCCGGGGGACAAGCUGGGCCGCGUGGUGCACAUCAUCCAAUCGCGGGAGCCCUCGCUCAAGAACUCCAACCCCGACGAGAUCGAGAUCGACUUCGAGACGCUCAAGCCGUCCACGCUGCGCGAGCUGGAGAGAUACGUCUCCUCCUGUCUGCGCAAGAAGAAGAAACCUGCAGCGGCAGAGAAGGCGAUGGAGACAGUGACCAUAACGAAGAUGAAGGCGGGCUCUUCAUCAGACUCGGGCAGCAGCAGCACUUCCAGCUCCUCUGAUAGUGAGGGCUUUGGGACAGGGCUGCGUCAGAAGCUGAAGAAGAAGUUGAGCACGGGGAAGGACAGGAAGAAGCCGCUCCACCAGGCGAUGGGGGGGCCCGCCCCUCAGCUACUGCCACCCCCCCUGCCCCAGGUCCCAAUGGUUCAGCCUACACAGCAGCUGAAGCAGCACCCUUCCCCUCCAGCGUAUGUGGCUCCUCCCAUGAUGCUGCAGUCCUCCCAGCUGCUGGGGGGCGCUCUGGACCCCCUCCCUCACUUCAGCCAGCCCGUUAUGCACCUGUCCCAGCAACACGACGACCCGGCCCCGCCCGCGCCUUCCCACCUCGACUCUCACCCCCCCGCUAUCGUCCCGGUCGAUACGCACCCGUUCCUCAACCAGCACGCCGCGCUGCCCACCCCAGCUCUUCACAACGCUAUGCCACAGCAGCCGUCCCGCCCCACUCACCGGGCAGCGCCUCUACCUCCCAAAGUCGCGCAGCAGCAGCAGCUCCUCCAGCAGCCUGAGCCACAGCCCCAUCACCACCACCAGCCUCCACAGCUGCUGACCACGCCCGUGCCGGCCCCUCAGCCCCUCCCCCAGCCUCUGCUCUCCCGCCCCCUGUCCCCGCCCACCCUGCUGUCGCGCGCUCUGUCCCCGCCCACGUUGUCGUCGCGCGCCUUGUCCCCGCCCACCUUGAUGUCAAGGGCUCUGUCCCCGCCCACACUGUUGUCGCGGGCCCUGUCCCCGCCCACACUGUUGUCACGGGCCCUGUCCCCGCCCACCCUGUUGUCGCGGGCCCUGUCCCCGCCCACCCUGCUGUCGGCCCAGCCCCCCCAGGCGCUGCUGGAGGACGACGAGGAGCCGGCGGGGAUGCCCGUGAGCCAGGUGCCGCUGUACAUGCAGCACCUGCAGAGCCGCCCCGCCCUGUCCGCCCCCAUCCUGCAGCCUGCGCAGGCCCUCCAGGGCCCCGCCCACAUGCAGCACCUGCCCCCACCCCCCCAGGGCCCCGCCCCGCAGACGCAGACGCAGCAGCACAAGGCCAGCGCUCCACAGAUGCUCCCGCAGCAGCAGCAGCAGCAGCAGCAGCAGCCCCCCUCCACGCGGCAGCACAAACCCGAACCGUACGGCACAGGACACGCAAGGGAAAGUCUCUCCCCCCAGCUGGCCCAGUACCAGCCCCCCGGCCGACAGACCCCCCCACACAACCUGCAGCCGGCCAAAAAGCCUGAGCAGCGGGGGCCCCAAGCACAUGGGGGGAUGAAGGAGGAGAAGCUACCAGUAAUCCAGGGGGACCCCUUCAGCCCUGCCCUACGGCAAGAACCCCAAAAACACCUCGAUGGCAAGCCCGGCCAGCCAGCAUCGGGCCUGCAGAGGUUGGACUUGAAGCCCCUGGAGAGUUUGCGGCCUGCGAUUCGGGCCUCUGAGCCCAGCGCCCCGCCCCACCCUGCGCCAGACAAGGAGAAGUUCAAGCAGGAGCCCAAGACACCCACUGCCCCCAAAAAGGUACAGGACGUGAAGCUGAAGAACAUGGGCUCGUGGGCCAGCCUGGCGCAGAGGUCCACGUCGGCGCCCUCCUCCACGCUCAAGUCGUCGAGCGACAGCUUCGAGCAGUUCCGCCGGGUCGCGCGCGAGAAGGAGGAGCGCGAGAAGGCCCUGAAGGCCCAGGCCGAGCAGGCGGAGAGAGAGCGGCUGCGCAGAGAGCAGGAGAAACUGCGGCCUCGGGAGGAGGAGGAGGUCGUGGAGCAGCCUCGCCGGCCGCUGCUGGAGGAGCCGCGCAGGCGCCAGGAGCAGCAGCAGCAGCAGCAGCAUGCGCAGACGCACGCGCAGACGCAGCCGCCACCACCGCCGCCGCAGGCACAGACGCAGGCAGCGUCGGUCACACCUCCUCUCCAGGCCCCGGCCCCGACCCCCCCUCCCUCCACCCAGAGUGCCCUGGACCAGCAGAGGGAGCUGGCGAGACGCAGGGAGCAGGAGAGGAGGAGGAGAGAGGCGAUGGCGGCCACCAUUGACAUGAAUUUCCAAAGCGAUUUGAUGGCAAUUUUCGAAGAGAACCUCUUCUGAGAGGCAAGAGAAGGUGGGACUAGACGAACAACAGGAACGAGCGAGAACCCGUCCCGGAGUGCCGUGACAACGUAAAGAGCGGGGGG